CUGUGAUAUUAUCGUCAAACCUGACAACAACAACGCAGCCAUUCUGUCCCCUUGACAUCGCCCCCCCCUGCAACUUGCCCUCAGGAAGCCUCGCACCCCCGCACCCUCGCUCCCGCCUCUCCCGAUCGCAGAUCUCUUCCUCCGCUCGAGCAAAGUGACCUGCGACCCCGACGACGUCGCUCGUCUUUUUGCUUGUCGCAGUUACGCCUUGCGUCAUAUCAGGUGUUGCGCCUCAACCAUGCCCAGCUCUUCCACGCAGCGACACUCUCAGUAUUGCCUUGCGAAGUCGUGAAAGAAGACCAAACCAGGUGCCGAAAUAGUCUGCUAGGGCAUGGGCCGAAGAAAUCAUCAAUCAUGACCGGAUCACAGAUGCAGUUAGAAGAUUGGCUGGACGACCUCUGCGUCCGCUUCAUCAUCAACCUUCCCCAGGAGGACCUUUCCUCUGUCGCCCGAAUAUGCUUCCAAGUCGAGGAAGCCCAGUGGUUCUACGAGGAUUUUAUCCGUCCGCUCGAUCCCACCCUCCCGUCCAUGUCGCUGCGCACGUUCUGUCUACGAAUCUUCCAGCACUGCCCCCUCCUCGCCUCCUUCUCCGUUGAGAACCAUACCAAGGCCUUCGAGGAGUUUCUCGAGUACAAGACUCGAAUCCCUGUCCGCGGCGCCAUUAUGCUCAACGAGGCCAUGGACUCGACGGUCUUGGUCAAGGGAUGGAAGAAGGGCGCCAACUGGAGUUUCCCACGCGGCAAGAUCAACAAGGAUGAAGAUGACCUGGACUGCGCCAUUCGAGAGGUGUAUGAGGAGACUGGUCUAGAUCUAAGAGCCGCAGGCUUGGUGCCUACCGAAGGCAAACCCAAGUACAUCGAGAUUGCCAUGAGGGAACAACACAUGCGCCUCUACGUCUUCCGCGACGUUCCCAUGGACACCGACUUUGAACCCAAGACCCGGAAGGAGAUUAGUAAGAUUGAGUGGUACAAGCUGUCAGACCUUCCUGCGUUUCGGAAGAAGGGACAAAACAUCGACUCUGGCACUAUCCCAAACGCGAACAAGUUCUACAUGGUAGCCCCAUUCUUGGUUCCUCUGAAGAAAUGGGUUGUCUCCCAAAAGAAGAUCGAAGCCCGACGAGCUGCCAGUGGGAACCACGCCCAUACUCAUCGACCGAUUGACGAGGUUCACUUGGAGGAUGAGUGGACGCAAACCGACACUGGUGCCGCAACCUCCACCCGAACACCAGCUAUCGAGACGCUUGAAGGUGCCACACAAGAACUGCAGCGCCUGUUGAAGGUUCAACCUCCCACUCAGGGUAUACAGCCAGCUCCUACCCAGCCAGAUAAGGGAAGCGCCCUCCUUUCCAUUCUCCAGGCGGGCCCCAGCUCGGCGACAGCACAACAGCGCGGUGCUCAACUCCCGCAUACUCCCUAUGACCUGACAAUUGCGGGGGCGCCUCAGCCUCAGGCCCCCCACCAUCAUCACCAGGUACCUUCGAUCAACACUCAACAACCCCCUCCAUCAUUCCCGUUCCCACCGAGCCAGGCUGGCUGGAACGCACUCCCGGUGCAACCAGGAAACGACCAACCCUUCAGCCAGCAAUAUCCUGUUUCUCUUCAACAACAGUAUGGCAGUAACCAGGCUACUCUCGUCCAUCCUCAACCUUUGCCACCGCAAGUGCAACGGGCAGUCUUCAAUCGCAGCGUCUUCCAAGAAGGGUCGCAACCCACGUAUCCGGGGGCUUUUGCAAACCCCCAACAAGCGCAGUAUAGUGUCCCUGGCCAAAUGCCUCCUGGUCAAAUGCCUCCCGGCCAAAUGCCUCCCGGUCAAAUGCCCCCUGGUCAAAUGUUACCUGGUCAAAUGUUACCUGGUCAGAUGCCGCCUCUUCAAGGCUCUAUGCCCCGUGACAACUCAAGGCCAGCCCAGCUGAACGGGCAGUCCAUGGCACUCCUCAAUGCUUUCAAGGGCGGCAAUGCUAGCUCGCAAUUGAAGGAGAAUGCCAGACAGCCCCAACAAUAUCCGCAAGUCCAGGCUCAGCCCCAGCUUACUGGGCAAGGAGCCGUGGGCCAGAACUUUGGCCAAUUAUACGGCCAUCCCGGUGUGCCCCAAGUCCCGGCGCAUAUGGCGGGUAACCUGGCUAGCCAGGAGCGAACUCAACCGAGUCCGAAGGAGUUGGCAGGUUCUAGAGUUGGCCCGCCAGCAGAUAACCAUCGAUCCGCACUCCUUGGGAUGUUCCGGAAGGCAGAGCCCGAGGCCAGCCCAGCCCAGUCUCAACAUCAUAAUUCUGGACAUGCAAAUGUUGGCCAGGGCGCCUCUGGCAAUAUGCUAAGUGAGGUGCUGCGUUCAUCUGGUGGUGGUUCUUCCAUGCGCGCCCAGGGUCCAUCUCGAGGGAGUGCGGAUACCAACCCGUCUCUUUCUCUGGAUGCUCUGUCAAUGCAGCCCAGAACCAGCCAGUCUGGAACCCCCGCUUCGCAGGGCAGGGGAGACUACGCGUCACAAUAUCCCCAGCCGACGGCCCAGCAGACCCAGCAGACCCAGCCACUCCGCAUUCUUCAGCGCGGCCAGAACGAUCAGUUCCUGGGAGUCAGCAGGCAAACCACUAUAUCUCCUCAAACCUCUCCGCGUGGGAUGAGUAGUCAUCCGCCACCCGGACACUUUGCAAGCCCAGCAGCUGCAGCAGCUUUUCCUGCUCAAGGCGUCCCCAGCCAACGACCUCCGUCUGGACCCGAUCAGAAACGCCAGCUGUUGUCACUUUUCGGCAAGCAGUCACCAGGGCUGGAAGCGGGCAAAGGAAAGGAGGUUGUGGUGGAUGUACCGAGGUCACGGGGCUCUGGGGCAGGCGAGAUGUUGGCCCCUGGAAGCACCUCGGCAUCUCGUCGUGGAAGCCAGACGCCCAUACCGCCCAUGACACCAGCGGAUCGGAGCUUCUUGCUGGGUUACCUGGAGUCAGUGACCAACAAUGCGUCUCGCUGAGAGUGGCAAUGAAUGGGAGCUUGUGGCUGUAUAUUACGGAGCAUGGAUGAUUGGGAAGGACAAUAUCAUUAGGAGUCCAGAGUCCAGAUGUCUGCCAGCUGGCUAUAUGAGUCCAAUAACAACAUGAUUAAUCGCG